CUUUUGCUCACUGCCCCCCCCAACUUCCUUCUCACCCGCAGGGUGGUCUCGUAUAGGCAUAUCAUAGAAUCUGCAACCCUGUUGGCUGAAGCCGCUUCGGCUUAACCACACCCAAAUUGCACACGCACACACAUUACCCACCUGCAGGCCGCAAUGGCCCCCCUCGCACGCCCGGCCUUCCUCUCCGGCCUCGUGCUCCCGGGCGCCUGGGCGCUGGGCCUGGCCGCGGAGCAGGGGGCCUCGAGCUCCGCCGCGGAGCGCCUCGCCGCCGCGGAGCGCCUCGCCGCGGAGCACCUCAGCGCGGAGCAGGGCGCCGCGGCGCUGCGCCUGAAGGCGGGCUCGGCGGGGCGCGCGGGCGUCCUGCAGACGCCCGAGGAGCUGGGCUUCUCCGGCGACGCCGGCGAGACCGAGAGCGACGGCAAGGCCCAGUUCGGGGAGAACUUCUGCCUGGACAUCGGCGCCAAGGGCUUCCCGAUCCCGGCGCAGAAGAUGCUCCAGGCGGUCGACUGGGACGCGGCGGCGUACUUCGCGCAGCUGCAGGGGGCAGGGUACGCCGAGGACGCCCUGCAGAUGACUGGCCCAGACGCAGCCAUGCUCAAGUCGGACUGCAUGAAGGAGCGCGGUCACGGGAAAAUCAAGCACAUUUUUGUGGGCGACUCGCAGAUGAUGUCCCUCCGUAAUGCGUUCCACCGCCUCAACAAGUGCCCUGAGAUCUGGUGGUCCAAGAACGACACGCGUUUCGUUGAUGACAUGAUGAUGGCAGUGCGGAGGAACGAGAAAGACGGACCAAAAAUGAAGAGCAGGGCCCGCUUUCACUCUCACGUCCAACAGACCCCGAAUGUGACGGAGUUGCCUCACGGCUGCACGGAGGGGGGCAUUGCAUCUUUCAUCCACUGGGACGGUUGGGUCAGCCACCAGUUGCCCGUGAAAGAGAUCAAGAAGGAGAUGGAUUUGCUUGGCGUGGAUCCUUCAGAGGGGGACACGAUUGUCGUCUGGGUUGGCUCGAACUUCAUCCCAGCAAGCCACAGGAUGUCCGCCUUGCUGGAGUCCAUCAACAAGCUUCACGAGCUGAAGGUCAAGAUGGUGUGGGACUCACCGACCUUCCAGGACGAGGUCAUCAUGGCCGCCACGACGACCUACGACGGUGGUCGCGACCCGCGCACCAACAUCCCCAUCGCUUUCAACUCCAUCCUUCAACGGAAGCUCAAAGGGCGUCUGGGGUCGAACCAGUA